UCAUCCCUGUCAUCCCGAAGACAGGAGAAACCAGGGAACCUGAAAAUGGAACCCGGCCUCAGCCAAGUCUCAGAGAUGGCACAGACGACAGGCUUGUGCUUAUUGAUUAAGGAGAUUAAUUCAGACUUUUUGGAUCUAAUGCUCUUACAGUUCCAUUGUAGGAGACAUUGGCAUGAAACUAGGUCGUCAGGAGUGUUACAGCUCUCACCUAAAUGAGGCUGAGCACAUUUGUAGCAACGGGGUUUAGACCUACAUUGCGCCUUAAUGUGACCAAACCGGCAGCAGCCUCUGCACUGGAUGGUAGGAAGCUGGUAAAUAUCGACAGGAAGAGACGAAUAAAAACAGUAUACCUUAUUGGGCAAUGUCUGACCCAAGAAGGUCAGGACCACAGUGGUGGAGGGGAUCCAAGUAGUAGUUCGAUCGAUAUUUUUUUUGGAAUUUAGUCGUCUAGCUUUUAUUACCUGUCCGCAAUUGGUGGGGUAUUGGAGGCCCGCAACAAGUUCCUCCAGAGACCAGUCAACGGGAAUGUUUCUAACAACCCCCAUUCUUGAAACCUGGAACUGAGGGAUUGAUGCACAUAACUUGUUCUCUUCAAGGAAUGGGUUUGCUACAAAGUUGUUGGCAGCAGAAGAGGAGGAAAACUCCACAGAAAUCCGGUUGCGUCCUACGGAUGUAACACCUCCGUUAACUAUGCCAGGUAUUUUAUGUUGGAACAAGAGUUGGGCAAGUUUUAGCACUCUUAGGGUGAGACCCGCUGA